AGCCGUCGCAGUUGCAAACAAAGUUGCUGCAGCGCGACACUGAUCGCCGCCGCCUCCAUCAUGACAGUGUCCCUCCUCUUUGCAUUCACCAGCUACAGCCGCCUUCCGGAGAACAUCGAUAACAUUGCCCAGGCCAUGAAGGAAGUGCUCAGUGACGUUUACAACCUCUACAAGAGAACCAAGAUUGAGGUAGGAACACUGACGGUCACCAAUUACGCCAGCUUUUCUGACAGCCUGAUAAAUAAACUUCUAGAUUGCAAGACCGACUUACCAGGGUUAAUUUACAGUGCCUUGGAGGAUACCCCCGUUCUGGGUGGCCUAAAGAAGCUUACCGAAAAUAUGCGGCUUAUUGCAAGCGAGAUGAAAGCGAUCAAGGCGCAAGUCACGUCCGUAAACAACCUUCUACGGGACAUCGAACGGCGGACAAGUGGCGCGGCUGACGAACUCGAACGGGCGUGCCCGUUACCGAUGUCGUGCCUUCUUGUUGACGCAGUUGUCACAAAACUAAAAAUCGUGACCAAACAAGAGGUUAAUACCUCAGACUUUGACAGCGCCAAGAGUCCCAUUGAGGACGUUUCUACUGCCGUCAACUUACGGGACACGGUUCAGAACGCCCUUACAAAAAUUAUUGAUCCAGUUGUUGAAGGCGCUAAAAACGUCAUCAAGACUGUGGGCAAAGGCCUGUCGACCAUCAACGACGUCUUCGUCUUUGAAUCUUUUGCUAGCCAGGACAAGGCAGACGCCUUCUUCGAACCGGUUCGCAAGACACUCGACAAGUCAGCUCACUACGGUGACUUAUACAUUGCGCUGUCGGUGUUCAUCCUGGUCGUGUUGAGCGCAGCGCUCGUCUGUUACCUUACGGGCCUAUGGUGCAUCAUCAUCGCGAACAACACUGACUGCUCUCACCUCAUCACUGUCGGUGUCUUUCUGUUCUCAAUUACCUUCCUGCUGCCCAUGAUCACGUCGACAUUCGCGCUGUGCCUCGGCUUUGUGGGACAGCGAACCCUCUGCGACAUCGUGAGCGACCUGAGACAACCUGAGGUCCAGACGCUCGUGCGAGGCGUCAUGAUUCUGGUGAGGAAAACAGAAGAAUCCCAGUCACGUGUUCUUCUGGACCAGCCCUGGCGGCCGACAUGGCCUGACAGUUUAGAGGGUCGAAGGUUCAGCACGAUUUCUUCUGGACUGGGCGGGUCCUACCAGGAGGCGUCGAAGGCUUGGACGACGAAGGGGAAGUCUUGGCUAGUCUGGCCCGUGGGACAUAGAGUCUUCAGCGAUCUCUGGUUGCUGAGGACGGGAAUGUCUGUGUCAGCAGAGGUCAGGUCAGAUAGGGCACCAAAAGCUGAACCCCAACUGUUGCAACUAGCCGCAAGUUCAAACGUUACGGUUUCCAAGGGACUCGCUAAAGUGAUGACUCCCACCAAGGUCACCGAGAUCCUACGCCGGUUCAGCGAAUGCGGUGACAAGGACCUCAGUGCCUUCAAUUUGAUCGGUAGUAACACCGUCAUCGAGCUAUUUAAUUUGGUCGUUCCGAGCGCCAAGAACUUCUCGUGGCUCUUUGACGACACCAAGAGUCUUCCUAUUAAGGUGACCAAAGAACUGGAUCGAGCACUGCAGGAUCUGGCGAACGGCUCGCUCGAGAAGUUUGUGCCUGACCUGCCCACUCUUGAACGAAAAGUGCGAGCGGUCAAUAUGACCAAGCUCAACAUAUCUGACGUAAAGGGGAAGGUGAGCGAUGAACGUCGUUUUCUUAUUCAAAUUGACGGUUUAAGCAUUUUGGGUUUAUUAGCGGGGUUCUGUGUUUUAGGUAAAUACCGAUAA